AUGGCCAUCCCUUUCAUCGGCCGACUCAACAUCGUAGAAUAUGUCGCUUUGGUGGGGUCGUUCCUCCUGGUUGGACUCGAGGCCAUUAUCCGCGUCCUGACCUUGGCUCUACCCAUCUCAACGUCCGUGAGAGACGCAUCCGACUUUGUGGACCUCUGCCGGCUGUACGGAUAUGAAGCCGAAGAGCAUGUGCUGCAAACCAAAGAUGGUUACCUCCUUGGCCUCCACCGGCUGGCUUGGAAAAAGGGAGAGGAGGGGCAGAAGGUCAACAGCGGGCCGGGAAGUUUGAAGAAGAAGGUCUUGUAUCUUCACCAUGGUCUUCUUAUGAACUCGGAAGUCUGGGUCUGCUUGACCGACGAGCGGCGGUGUCUUCCAUUUGUCCUUGCCGAGCAGGGCUAUGACGUUUGGCUUGGCAACAACCGUGGCAACAAGUAUUCAAAGAAGUCGGUACACCACUCGCCCAAGUCGCCCGGGUUCUGGAAUUUCUCCAUCGACGAGUUUGCUUUCCACGACAUCCCAGACAGCAUUGCCUACAUUCUGGAGACGACGGAGCAGGAGAGCUUGUCGUACAUUGGAUUCUCUCAGGGGACUGCGCAGGCCUUCGCUACCCUUGCCAUUCACCCAAAGCUCAACCAGCAAGUCAACGUCUUCAUCGCCUUGGCACCGGCCAUGUCUCCCGCCGGUCUUUCUAAUGGAAUCGUCGACGCCUUGAUCAAGGCUUCGCCCCAGGUCUUGUUCCUCCUAUUCGGCCGCCGAUCCAUUCUCAGUUCAGCCACCAUGUGGCAGUCCAUUCUUUACCCGCCCAUCUUUGUUAGAGUCAUUGAUAUGGGCCUUUCCUUUCUAUUCAAUUGGCAGACGAAGAACAUCUCCCUCAGCCAAAAGCUCGCCGCGUAUCCUCACCUCUACUCUUUUACUAGCACGAAGAGUGUGGUCCACUGGUUCCAAAUCAUUCGGAAUAAGUCUUUCCAGAUGUACGACGACGACGUCCAUCCGCCUGUCUCGAUUAGUUCCUCGAGCAAGUACACCAAGGUAGCGAAGUACCCCACGCGCAACAUUAAGACGCCCAUCGUUCUCGUGUACGGCGGCAGCGACUCGCUGGUUGACAUCAAGGUCAUGCUCAAGGAACUCCCGUCCCAGACCGUGGCCACCGAGAUCCCCCACUACGAACAUCUUGACUUUCUGUGGGGACGCGAUGUUGACGCCCAGGUCUUCCCUCACGUAUUUGAUGCCCUCGACAGCUUCACGGGUGCUUUGCAUACGAAGGAGGAAUACGACCGGUACCAGCUCGCGAGACAAGAGAGUCUGCUGGGCUCCGGUAACGCUUACAAGAAGCACGGGUACAAGGGCAGCGAUGUUUCUGUUAGUGAGUCCUCAAACACGGUGGACGAGGGACACAAUGGCAACGGCAACGGCAACGGCAACGACAACGGAAACGGUCUCGAGACUCCUGUCUCCCAAAACAAGACUCGAGACCGCCCCUCAGCAAUUCCCUCGCCGUUUGGCACCACCAGGAUGCGGACCCCCUACUCCCAAGUGGUACAGGACGACGAAUCGCCGUCGCCGUCUCCGGAUCGGCCUGAGAGCCGUGCGAACGAGGGAGAAGAGAGGCCAGAUAGCUCACUGGAUACUCGCGAGUCACCCACGGCCAAGCUCAAGGGCAUCGGCGUCCGGCGCGGAAGUGGAGGAAGCCAUCUGAGCCUGGAUAGCAUGCGCGAGGGCCGAGGAAUAAGCCUCGGCACGAGCAAGGCUCUGGGAGGCGUGGUAACCAAGAGUGCGAUCGAUGCCAAGGGGCUGGGGAAUACAGGCGUGGAUGAGAACAAGAGUGCGAAGAAGAAGAAGCGGGUGACGGUCGCGCCAUAG